GUUUGAAACGUCGAUUUGUUACAUGGUAAGCAUUCGGACGGACAAGCCAAAUAAUAUCCAAGUAUAAAAAUAUAUACAGAUAGCCACCACAAUGAUCACAAGAUUCAUCACCGAGGUGAACACCAAGUUCAACCCUUUCUCCAUGCGCUCGCGGGCCACCAGAUUAUUCCUCAGCGCCCUCCCUCCCAACGCGCGCCAGAACGGCAUGCAGAUAAAUACCACUCUCUUGCCGCGGGACUCCACCGCACCGGCUCUCUUACAAGUCAAAUUCAAGGAUGGGAAAGAGAUGACCUUGGACGGCGAGCAUUUGGGGAUCAAGGGUAUUGUCGAGGAAGUGGAUAGACAUUCACGAGCCUUACAGAAGCAGGCAGACUUGACAGAUGGUUGAUGCAUCAAAUUUAUUCAUACCUACCUAAGGAACUUAUCCCUCGACUUAUAAAUACCUACCUGGUACCUAACAUGAACCUACCUAACCUAACCUAAAGCAUUGGCCGGCGUUUUGCUCCGAUUAUUGGCACAGGCACUUCAAGUCCUAAUUAGUGGUUGUAUGAACAUAUCACCAAAAUCCCAAGGGGAUAUAACAUCACGUUUAUCACCCAUCGAAUGUCGAACAGGUCA